AUGUUCAACAUAGCUGGUUUCUUUAGCAUUGUGCUCUUCUAUGUGCUCAUUUUGGCUGUGGGCAUUUGGGCUGGACGCAAGAAGCAGGCGGGCAAUGAUUCCGAGGAGGAGGUCAUGUUGGCAGGUCGUUCAAUUGGACUCUUCGUGGGCAUAUUUACAAUGACAGCUACCUGGGUGGGUGGAGGCUAUAUUAAUGGCACCGCUGAGGCGAUUUACACCUCGGGGCUGGUCUGGUGUCAGGCGCCCUUUGGUUAUGCUCUUAGUUUGGUAUUCGGUGGCAUCUUUUUUGCGAAUCCUAUGCGAAAGCAGGGCUACAUUACCAUGCUAGAUCCGCUGCAGGAUUCAUUUGGUGAACGCAUGGGCGGACUCUUGUUUCUGCCUGCGCUUUGUGGCGAGGUCUUCUGGGCGGCAGGCAUCCUUGCUGCUUUGGGCGCCACGCUGUCAGUCAUUAUCGACAUGGAUCAUCGCACCUCGGUCAUCUUGUCGUCGGGCAUUGCCAUUUUCUACACGCUCUUUGGUGGCCUCUAUUCAGUGGCCUACACUGAUGUUAUUCAGCUCUUCUGCAUCUUUAUUGGCCUCUGGAUGUGCAUACCGUUUGCCUGGACCAAUGAGCAUGUACGCAGUCUAAGUGACAUGGAAGUGGAUUGGAUUGGACAUGUGGAGCCGAAGCAACGUUGGUUCUACAUAGACUAUGGCCUGCUUCUUGUUUUUGGUGGCAUUCCAUGGCAGGUUUACUUCCAGCGUGUCCUCUCCAGCAAGACGGCGGGCAGAGCUCAGCUGUUGUCGUAUGUGGCUGCCGCCGGUUGCAUCCUGAUGGCCAUUCCUCCAGUGCUUAUUGGCGCCAUCGCAAAGGCAACUCCUUGGAAUGAGACGGAUUACAAGGGUCCUUAUCCGCUGACCGUUGAUCAAACCAGCAUGAUUUUGCCCAUGGUACUGCAGUAUCUGACGCCCGAUUUUGUUUCCUUCUUUGGCCUGGGUGCGGUAUCGGCUGCUGUCAUGUCCUCGGCCGACUCCUCCGUGCUGUCGGCGGCCUCGAUGUUUGCACGCAAUGUCUACAAAUUGAUUUUCCGUCAAAAGGCUUCCGAAAUGGAAAUCAUUUGGGUAAUGCGCGUCUCCAUCGUUGUUGUGGGUAUUUUGGCCACAAUUAUGGCACUCACCAUACCCUCCAUCUACGGUUUAUGGUCCAUGUGCUCGGAUCUGGUCUACGUCAUUCUGUUCCCACAGCUCCUCAUGGUGGUGCACUUCAAGAAGCACUGCAAUACCUAUGGCAGUUUGGCGGCUUACAUUGUGGCUCUGUUCAUUCGACUGUCAGGGGGCGAAGUCAUUUUGGGAUUGCCUGCCCUCAUCCAUUUUCCCGGCUACGAUGAGGAGACGCAAACGCAGCUGUUUCCCUUCCGCACCAUGGCCAUGUUGAUGAGCCUCAUCACGCUCAUCUUUGUCUCCUGGUGGACUAAAAUGAUGUUUGAGUCGGGCAAGUUGCCGCCAAGCUACGAUUACUUCCGCUGUGUGGUCAAUAUACCCGAGGAUGUGCAGCGAGUAGGCGAUCCAGCCGAGUCCGGAGAGCAGCUGUCUGUGAUGGCUGGUCCGCUGGCCCGAUCCUAUGGCGCUGCCACAAUGGCGGGCAAGGAUGAACGUAAUGGACGCAUCAAUCCGGCGCUGGAAUCCGAUGAUGAUUUGCCCGUUGCGGAGGCGCGACGUAUGAAUCAGCAAACGGCACAGGCUCAAGUACAGAAAAUGCUGGACACGGCCACUGGGAAGUCAGGUGGUGGUGGUGGACAAAGUCAAUCUAUGGCCAUGCCCACGCCAGAGCAGGACAACACCGCCUUCUGAGCCUUGUCCUCGUAGAUACAACA